AUGGCCCCCACGUUCCUGCUGCUGCUGCUGUGGCUACAGGGCUGCGUCUCAGGUGCCCCUGCUGACAGCGUGUACACCAAAGUGCAGCACCUGGAAGGGGAGACUCUGUCUGUGCAGUGCUCCUACAAGGGCCGCAAAAACCGUGUGGAGGGAAAAGUUUGGUGCAAAAUCAGGAAGAAGAAUUGUGAGCCUGGCUUCACCCGAGGCUGGGUAAAGGGGCCCAGCUACGUGCUGCAGGAUGAUGCCCAGGCCAAGGUGGUCAACAUCACCAUGACAGCCCUCAAGCCCCAGGACUCUGGCCGAUACUGGUGCAUGCGCAAGACCUCCGGGACCCUGUACCCCUUGAUGGGCAUCUUGCUGGAAGUGUCUCCAGCCCUCACAACUGGGAGGAUCACUCCCUCCACACACCUGGCCAAUGUCCCCAGGAGUGGAACUGCUGUCACAACAGGCCCAGCUCCCACAACCAGUCCUGAUGCCCUUUUGACCACUAGCAUCACUGUGUUCACUCCUGGACUCUUCACCAUGGACAGACCCUUGCCUUCCACUGCCUCAGGGGCCACCAGGCUGACCUUCAAGACAGUCUCCGGUGACACAGGUACCAGCGCCAGCACCACAGGGUCCAGGAGGACCAGGGGACCUCAGACUGCAGUCAUAUCUCCGAGCAAUGCCAGACCCUCCUGGGCUGGCCCAAACUCUGUCUCUACAAUAGCCGGGCACCGCAGCACCAGAUGGCCCUCUACAGGGAUGUACCACACCAGCACCUCUCUCCUCAACAACCUGGAUGCCACAAGGCACCGGGAUUCCGACCCCACUGUGCUCGUGUUGGGGCUGACCCUCCUGCCCGUGCCCGUGAUAUUGGUCAUGCUCUAUGGGUUUUGGAAGAAGAAACACAGGCGACGACAGCUGGACACUCCUGUCCUGGGAGGCUGCAGAGCCCACACUACCACCCCUGCCACCUUCCUGCUGGAUCCUUCUAGGAAAGCCGAGAGCCCCUGGCUGGAGAAUGUGGUCUGGAUUCCACCCCAAGAGAGAUGUGUCCAUUACUGCGGAGUGACUGGAAUAGCACUGGAGAUAAAGGUGACAUCUGCACUCUCAGCCAGGAGCCAAGGACAUCCCAGUGGGAAAGCAGACAUAACGCACUGGGGAGUGACACAGCCUGGGCUUGCUGGACAGCCAGUCAGGGCCACUGAGGAUGGAUGGGAGGAGAGAGGAAGGGCCAGGGGAGUUCCUGGGGACAGCGGGGAGAAGGGACCUCUUCCUGCAUCCAUAAGGGGGCAGUAG